AUGAUAAGGUCGCGGAAGCUACUCGCUCUGAUCCUUCUCGUCGGGACUGCUGCAUUGACUCUAUAUUUGCUCCAAAGCCCUGGACAGAUCCAGACACUCGAGGAGUCGACCGCCUCCCUCCUCCAAGGCCACCAUGCUCACGAGGAGAACCAGCCGCUUCUACCGGCAAGCUCCCUGUUGCACCCUAUUCACCAACUAGUCGCCCAGAGCGAGAGCGACCUUCAGACUCUUCGGGCCCGCCAGUCCCGAUCCCUUAGCGAUGCCGUAGCCGAGUACCGCAGGCGGUACAAGCUGCCUCCUCCUCCCCAUUUCGACAAAUGGUACAACUUUGCGAAGAAGCGGGGCGUCGAGCUGAUUGACGAAUAUGACACGAUAUAUCACCAAUUGCUGCCGUUCUGGGCAUUGGAGCCCGCGGUCAUAAGAGAGAGGACAAGAGAAGCAAUUGGAUUCGACAAUGCCUUGAUCGCCGUCAUGAUCCGCAGCGGCAAGGUUACGAAAAUCGAAGGAGGUGGAGAUAUGUAUGAGUGGCACAGAGAUGCGACACCCAUCAUGUUGAAGGAUUUCAUCAAAUACCUGCCGGAUAUGGAUUUGGCAUUCAACAUCCAUGACGAGCCUCGCGUGGUGAUGCAACACGAUGACCUCCUGCAUCACGUUCAGGUCGCCCAGAAUGAGAACAUGCCUAAAGCCUACAACGCCCAGACACUGAAGAAUGAAUGGUCACCGCGCGCCGAAGACCUGGGAGAAGGGAUCCGCAUCAAAGAAUACAAAACCACCCGCUUCAACCGGUUUGCGCAUCAGCCGACAUGGAGCAACUCCAGAAUCUCCUGCUCCCCCGAAAGUGCCGCCCGUAUCUGUCUCAACGACUCCUGUCCAGACAAUGUUACUGCCUACUCUGACCUGCCGCUGGGCUUCAUCCGUAACACUACCGCGUUCUCCGACAUCUGCAACUCUCCCAGCAUGGAGAAAUCAUUCGGCUUUUUCGACCGCCCCAACGCAUUCGACGUCACACAUGACCUAUUCCCAAUCUUUUCGCAAUCAAAGAUCUCUUCUUUCCAGGACAUCCUCUACCCAUCGCCCUGGUAUUUUGUGGGCCGCGUAAAGUACCAACCUGAACGGGACAUGUCUUGGGAAGAAAAGGUCCCCACGAUGUAUUGGCGGGGCAGCACAACAGGUGGUUUCUCCCGCGACGGGGGAUGGAGGAGGCAACACCGCCAGCGCUUCCUCACAAAGAUCCAGCCACUGAACACGGCCAAGGUUCUCGAAUUAGACACUAACUCUUCGGCGGAGGACUCGCUAUGGCGCGAGAAGACCAUUUCCGCAGCCGAUAUGGCCCAUUACUUCGACGUCAAAUUCACAUACAUUGGACAGUGUGAUCCUGGCGACUGCGACGCUCAACGUGAGUAUUUCGGCACAGUGGAACCUGUGGAUAUGUUUGACGCACUUGCGUCUCGCUUUUUACUCGAUAUUGAUGGCAAUGCCUUUUCCGGCCGCUAUUACGCCUGGCUAUUGAGCAAGUCCCUUGUGUACAAGCUCGCGGUGUUCCGCGAAUGGCACGACGAAUGGCUGAGGCCAUGGGUGCAUUACAUCCCACUCGGUUUGAUUGGUGACGAAUACGCCGAGAGCGUGAGAUACUUUGAUCAAGAGGAGGCUGGCAAGGUGGAAGGGAAGAGGAUAGCGGAGCAGGGAAGAAGUUGGGCGCAAAAUGUGCUCAGAAACGAGGAUCUCGAGGUGUGGUAUUUUCGGCUGCUGUUAGAGUAUGGUCGCUUAAUCGAUGACAAUCGACAUAAUAUCGGCUUUAGUCUCUGA